AUGUCCGACUUAUCAGAAACCGUUGCUAAAAAGAAAAAGGAAUUAUCGUCAACAUGGGAAGUGUACCUCCGAAAACUCGAAGGAGCACGAAAAAGUGUAGAUAACAUGGAGAACAGCCUACAUACCUAUCGAAAGAAAGUGUAUAAUACUAUUAAAGAAAUAGAGAGCGAAGGGGAAAAACUACGGAACAUAAUUGACAAAACGGUUUCCGAUAUGGCUAAAGAACUCCGUGAGAAAGAAGCAGAAGAAAUGAAAAGAGUCACUCAGGUGAUCAAUGGAUUAAAAUCGCAAUUAGAAAGAGGAAUUCAGUUAGAAAGGCAUAUUAAUAAAGCACUCAAGUUGAAAGACGACACGUCGAUGUUAAUCUCUCUUAAGAAAUUUCAGGAAGACAUGGCGUCAUAUAUUCCGGAAGUUAUCUUGCCAUGUGAAUUUUCAUAUUUAAAAGGAAAUGCUGGAUCUGCGCAUGUGCACUCGAUGUUGGGCAGAAUUUUCUUUGAGAAUGAUAAAUCUGGACGUGAAACUCCGUUGGAGGCAAAAGAUGAUUUUAACCGAAAUGCAAGAAAGUACGAACUUUGGGCGUGUCCCCUGUGUAACACUGAAAGAUACAUCGACAGGAUGGAUGAGAGCGAACGUUCAUUUAAGACUCCAAGAUGUUGCUAUGGAUUUAUGCAGUCACGUGGAAUUGCUUACAAAUAGUGUCAGAGUUAUUUG